UUUGCAUCCAAUAUGGUACUACAUUAUGCGGAAUGAUUUUUGCUCAAUUGUGACACGUGUUACAUCCGGUACCGGUGGGUUGGUCUCACAAGUUUGUAUACUUGCGUCGUCUGCAGUCACGUUUCUGUUGGAUUUGUGGUCCUUAGGAUCUCCACAUAGUAUAUAUCUGAGACCUAUUCAGAAUAAAAAUGGAUUUGGAUUCUUUGAAAUCAGAGCUGGAAUGUCAUGGUCAAAGCCAGCUGCUGCAAUAUUGGGAAACAUUGGAUAAUGAUAGUAAAGAAAAAUUAUACAAAGAAUUAAAACAUUUAGAAUAUUCCAAUAUCAAUGAAUACUUCAAACAGGCUAUGGCAGACUUGGAACAUGCCUCUGAUAAAAUUGACAAUCUUCUAGAACCACUGCCAGCAGAGGUCUGUGGAAGUAUGACCAGGAGCAGUCCUGAAGAGUUGAAAGAGUACAACAGAUUAGGCUUGGAAGAAGUAGGUAACAACCGGGUGGCGGUCCUCCUGCUGGCAGGGGGUCAGGGAACACGCCUCGGGGUGCCCUACCCCAAGGGAAGGUAUAAUGUUGGUCUCCCGUCACAAAAAACUCUCUAUCAACUACAGGCAGAGAGGCUGCUCAAGCUGGAGCGACUAGCAACACAGCAGACGGGCAAACCCUGCACUAUUCCAUGGUAUAUCAUGACCAGUGAGCACACUAAACAGGCCACUGACGACUAUUUCCAGCAGAACAACUACUUCGGCCUCCAGAAAGAGAAUAUCGUACUGUUUGAACAAGGCCUGCUGCCCUGUAUAGGGUUUAAUGGGAAAAUCAUCCUCGCAAACACACACAAGGUGGCCCUAGCCCCGGAUGGAAAUGGUGGCCUGUACCGAGCGCUGCGGAAGUGGAAAGUCUUGGAGGACAUGGAGAAGAGAGGGGUGACCAACAUACACGUCUACUGUGUAGACAAUAUACUCGUCAAAAUGGCCGACCCUGUCUUCAUCGGCUUCUGUAGGACAAAGAAGGCCGAGUGUGGAGCGAAGGUUGUAGAGAAGACCGUGGCCACAGAGGCUGUUGGCGUGGUUUGUAAGGUGGAAGGUCGUUACCAGGUUGUAGAGUACAGCGAAAUCACGCUCAAAACGGCCGAGUUACGGCGCGACAACGGACAACUGACUUUCAACGCGGGGAAUAUAUGUAACCACUUCUACACUCUGGACUUCCUCAAACAUGUAUCACAGGUUGAACAAGAAAACCAGCUAAAACAUCAUGUGGCCAAGAAAAAGAUUCCAUUUGUUGGGGACAACCAGGAGAUUGUUAAGCCGACUGAACCUAAUGGAAUCAAAAUGGAGAAAUUUGUCUUUGAUGUGUUUCAUUUUGCCGAUGACAGGAGCUUUGCCGUGUGGGAGGUUCUCCGAGAGGACGACUUUGCUCCCUUGAAGAACGCAGAUACCGCAGCCAAAGACACACCCACUACCUGUAGAGAGGCGCUGUUGAACCUCCAUCAUCGCUACAUGUUAGGAGCUGGUGCUAAGUUUGUACACGGCGACGGAUCAUCCCUUCCUGACAUACCAUGUGCUAAGAAAGCCAGAGAGAGUGGUGACUGUCGAAAGGGAGAGAAUGAUGACCAUUUCACCAAAUGUGAGGUGUCACCAUUGGUAUCGUACGCUGGAGAGGGACUAGAGGAACUGUUAAGUGGGAAGAAACUGGUGCCGCCGGUUCAGAUCGUGAUGGGACCGAGUGACAGUGCACCAACAAUCAUACAAAAUAUCACAGCCAAUGGCACUACCAAGUAGACAGAUUCAGCGGAGAUAUUUACAUCACCUGGGAAAAAUCAUUUCAGUCUUCAACAAAAACCAGUGGUCUCUGAACAGGUCAUGUGGUUUCUAUACAUUGUCACAAUUGAAAUACAGAUCCAUUAGUCACAGAAACCGAUCAGUUGGUCUCUCUAGACAAGUUAACUGGUCUCUCUAGACAAGUUAACUGGUCUCUCUAGACAAGUUAACUGGUCUCUCUAGACAAGUUAACUGGUCUCUCUAGACAAGUUAACUGGUCUCUCUAGACAAGUUAACUGGUCUCUCUAGACAAGUUAACUGGUCUCUCUAGACAAGUUAACUGGUCUCUCUAGACAAGUUAACUGGUCUCUCUAGACAAGUUAACUGGUCUCUCUAGACAAGUUAACUGGUCUCUCUAGACAAGUUAACUGGUCUCUCUAGACAAGUUAACUGGUCUCUCUAGACAAGUUA